CCAGACUUGGGUAUUUUCGCAUGCCAAAGGAGCAAAGAGUUCAUGCCGCAGCCGCGAAGGCCUUUGUGACCCUCCACACUGGGGUUCCCAUCUCUGCCAAGCCGCCUGCGCUUCUCUACCCUCCCCGCAACGCUGCCCGGCUAGUUCUGGUUGACUCGUAAAAACUACAACUGCCAGAGGACUUCGCGCAGACAUCGGGCUUCUACGAGUCAGGUGACUCGAGUCAGGUGACAGCUGGCCCGCCCUCGCAUAAAGUCAUCCUAGCCCGGGGAAAUCAGGUACACUCGGUAUAAGUGUGUGGCGCGAGAUUGCCAAGUCUUGUGAAGUCGGUCCCCGGAUCCUGGGAAGAUCUCAGUUCUGAGAAAUCAGGGAACAUGAUAAAGAAUUGGCGGCUUAUUUUUAUCCUUUUGCCUCUGAAGCUCAUAGAGAACUGUGAGUCGUCGACAGUCAGCCUCACCGUUCCUCCUGUUGUAAAGCUGGAAAAUGGCAGUUCAGCCACCGUCAACAUCACCCUCGGGCAGCCAUUAAAUGCAACAUUGGUGAUCACUUUUGAAAUCACAUUUCAGUCAAAAAAUACUACUAUCCUUAAGCUCCCUGAUGAAGUUGUAGUACCUCCUGGAGUGACACAGUCCUCUUUUCAAGUAACAUCUCAAAAUGUUGGACAAGUGACCAUUUACCUGCACAGAAAUCAUUCCAACCAGACCAGCUCAAGGAUACUCUUCUUUGUCAUCAGAAGCAACAGUAUUAGCAUCAUAAACCAAGUGAUUGGCUGGAUCUAUUUCCUGGCCUGGUCCAUCUCUUUCUACCCUCAGGUGAUCAAGAACUGGAGACGGAAAAGUGUUGUUGGUCUGAGCUUCGAUUUCUUGGCCCUGAACCUGAUGGGCUUCGUGGCCUACAGUGUGUUCAACAUUGGCCUCCUGUGGGUGCCCUACGUCCAGGAGCAGUUUCUCCUUAAAUACCCCAACGGUGUGAACCCUGUGGAGAAUAAUGACGUCUUCUUCAGCCUGCACGCAGUCGCCCUCACCCUGAUCGUUAUCAUACAGUGCUGCCUGUAUGAGCGAGGCAGCCAGCGUGUGUCAUGGCCCGCCAUUGGCUUCCUGGUACUUGCAUGGCUCUUCGCCAUCAUCACCAUGAUUGUGGCUGCAGUCGGGGUGACCACAUGGCUGCAGUUUCUCUUCUGCUUCUCCUACAUCAAGCUCGCUGUCACGCUGAUCAAGUAUUUCCCACAGGCCUACAUGAAUUUUUACUACAAAAGCACCGAGGGCUGGAGUAUUGGUGGCGUGUUCCUGGACUUUACAGGGGGUAGCUUCAGCCUCCUCCAGAUGUUCCUCCAGUCCUACAAUAACGACCAGUGGACACUGAUCUUCGGAGACCCAACCAAGUUUGGUCUUGGCAUCUUCAGCAUCUUCUUUGAUGUUGUCUUCUUCGUCCAGCACUUCUGUUUGUACAGAAAGAAACCGGGGCUUCAGGCAGCAUACACAGGUCCUGACAGCCAUCCCAGGCAGAAUCUGGUGCUGAGCCUGCAACCGGGGGCCUUGCCUCAAACCACCAGUGUUUCUGGGAGCAACUUGAAAGGCUGACCUUGCAGCCGAGACAGGACCGUUGUGCCUGGCUGCCACCGGUGUUCACAGGGAACAAGCAGCCAGGUGCUGUCCCAAUGGACUCAAAGGUGCCAGUGGUGGAGGGCUGAGGACUCUGGGGUUAAGCCUUUCGUCCAUUCUCUGAAAGCCACAUCCCAGACACCUGCUCAUUCUGCAGACUGUGGUAAUGAGUGUCCCAAGCCAGGAGCCUGGGAAGCAGUAUUCGGAGCCCCUGUCAGAUGGCUAUGGCCAGUGUCAUGUCCUGUGCCUUCUGGAUCUUUACCACAGUCAGAUGUCACACAAACUCCUUCUGGAGUUUUUCAAGGGAUGUCUUAGAAGUGGCUCCCUCUUUUUUGCCUACUCUUCUACCUCCACAUUCUGAGUUAGACGGGGCCCCAUCCGAGUACCCCUGAUACCCCAGAACUAAAGCAGGACACACCCUCUCUACCAAUUUGUGCCUUAGAGACCUGUUAGUCCUGCCAAAUGGUGACAGUAGCUCCACUGGGAGGAAGGGCAGGCCCCUUCCCUCUCUUUGUCCAGACCCCUACAGGAGACUUAAUUUUUUGGUUAUGGAGGAGCCUCAGAGAACUUGAGACCCCCUCACCCAGUGCUUAUGGACCCAACCCUACUCUCAAAGUGCUGCUCUCCACCCUGAGCUGCUGUCCUACAACAGGAGAUGGACCCAGGAUGUGCCCUGUAUAUGCCUUGAGCUUAUCAAUGCAGUCUGUUACUCAAGACUAAUGUGAGGGCCCUGGACCCUUUUGUAAAACUUGGCUUUUCUUUUCUGCACACUCUGAGCAUUUGCUGGAUGCAGAAAGCAGGUAUGCUGGCCUUCAGAGCCAAGUCUGUGGGGCUCAGUCAGCUUUGCUCACCUCCUGUAAAGGCAAAUACGGGGCUGUGGAAUGCUGUAUGCUGACUUUGCAGUGGGGAAGCCCUGUUGGAUAGUACGAGACCCCUGCCCACGCAGGGCCAGGUAGGUCUGUGACAGGUAUGUCUGCCAGUGCCAAGGCACAACAGCUGCUCAAACUGUAGCUAUAAACAGCUGGAGCAUUGAAAGGCACAAUAGCACUGGAAGCCAGAGCAGUGAAGGUCUUUCUUCCUCUAUCAUGUUGUAACAGUCAUCAAGGAAUUGAAGGCAGUCUUUCUCUAGAGCAGAGAUGGCAGCCAUAAGCCCAUAAAACUUAUUUGAUUGCAGUCACCAAGUCAUUUUUAUAAAGUGUGUUAUUGGGCACUAUAGUUUAAAAAUGGGAGAUUUCAAAUUCUGAGCUUUUCUUUACAAACCUGAUUUGGCAGCGCUAGCCAGGCCUAUAGGUGGCAUCUUCCCAGAACUGACAGAAGCCCAGGUGCUUUCAGGCUCACCAUCUGGCCAGCUCUUAGCCCCUGAAAACAUCUGGAGCUGUGUUCCUGACUAUGGCUCAGGGCACUCUUAAACCUCUUAAGCAGAGGGUGCUUUUCUAAAACAUGAACUCGAGUACUCAGAGGACCUUCUCAUGUAGCAGCGGAAGCUAGGUUAUGUGAGAAGUUGAGGACACCUUAGGUGCUUCACUCCAGACAAUGCACUCCAGGACUCCCUGCCCCAACUGCAGUGAAGAUGCUCCCAGGUAGACAGAUAGGGCCCUUGCCAAGGACACUUUCCCCUGAGGCUGCUGCUUCCGUGCAGUGAUGAGGUAGAACCCAGAGCUUCACUGGGUGAGCACUGCCCCUGAGUGAUACCCUGGGCCACACAGCAGCACAGGACAGGCCAGCUGUCCUUAAAGCCAAAGCAUCUGUCCAAGUCCACCUCCAAAUAACCCUCCCCAUGCUUCAAAAGAUUUCUGUGAAUACCAGCAUUGUUUAUUGAGCACAAGAUGUCAGGCAUGGGGCAUCAUCACGCUGCCCAUUUCCACAAUAAAGUAAGGCUUAUUGAUGUGCUAAGUA